AGUUGAUAUAUAUAGUCGAAUUAAACAUCACAGUCACGCGCCAGGUUAAUAAAGUGGGGAAGACGAUAGUUAUAUGCAUUUGUUCGGACUGGAGGUGCUGCUACCGGUAUCGGGAGACUAAAAUGCUCAAACUUGGGGGAAAGAGAGAGGGGUCAGAAUAUGCAAUAAUGACAAAACAAAUCUCUCUCUCUCUCAUAUCUGAUACAUGGACUAUUAUUUUGGGUGUAAUUGCCUAAGGCUAUCGUACUGAUUCGCUAUCUUCUCAUGCCAGUAAAAUAAAUAAAACAUCCAUCCCUUUUAAAGAUUUCCCAUUUUCCACCAUCAUCAUCUACAACAAUGCAAAGCUCCCCUCACCCCUUCUCAUCUCCAGACCUUUACCCUCCAUUUUUUAACAUUAGAGCAGAUGAAAAUGGAAGAAAUGAUGCACGUUUUGCGGAUCUUGGAGAGCUUCAACACUAUCAAGAGGAUGCUGUUGAUUUAAGCAGAAGCUCUUUGUAUAAUGAAAUAAAAUCAGGGAAUGCAAAUGCAAAUGCAGCAGCUGUUUUUUCUAACAAUAGCUUACAGUUUCGCCAGCAUCACAUGAAUUUUGGGUCAAGUAUAGAUAUGAGCUCAAUUGGGACAGGGGUGGAUACAGGGCAGCAGUUCUUGAUGCAGCACCAUAAGGUGGUGGCGGCAGGUGGUGGUAACGUCGGCGGUGGUGGUGUUAUGGGGAAAGGGCAUUUUGAGAAUUGGGGUGAGUCUGCAAUUGCAGAUAACAGCCAACAAACUGACACUUCUACUGAUAUUGACACUGAUGAUAAAAAUCAGUUUAACAGUGUUCAAAAUGGAGGUCAAGUUGUUGUAGAUUCAACAGAAGGAUCAAUGGGAAAGAUUGGAGACCAGAAGAUACUUCGAAGGCUGGCUCAGAAUCGAGAAGCUGCUAGGAAAAGUCGAUUAAGAAAGAAAGCGUAUGUUCAGCAGCUGGAAAAUAGUCGACUCAAGCUUACGCAGCUUGAGCAUGAGCUUAAACGAGCACGCCAGCAGGGUAUGUUCAUUGCUGGUGGAGUUUCUGGAGAUCAGAGUAGUUUAGUUGGUGGAAACGGAGCCUUAGCAUUCGAUCUGGAAUACGCACGAUGGUUAGAUGACCAUCAAAGGCUAAUUAACGACGUGCGGUCAGCAGUAAACACUCAUCUUCCCGAUAACGAGCUUCGUCUUCUCGUUGAAGCGGUUAUGUCACAUUACGAUGAAAAAUUCCGUCUUAAAAGCAUAGCCGCAAAAUCCGAUGUGUUUCACAUGCUUUCCGGCAUGUGGAAGUCGCCAGCCGAACGUUGUUUCAUGUGGAUAGGCGGUUUUCGCUCUUCUGAGCUUCUCAAGAUACUCGGGAACCAUUUGGAGCCGUUGACGGAUCAACAGUUGAUGGGGAUAUGUAAUUUGCAGCAAUCUUCGCAACAAGCAGAAGAUGCUUUGUCUCAAGGGAUGGAAGCGUUGCAACAAUCUCUCGUCGACACGCUCUCGGUGGGGUUUACGAGCUCGGGUAACGUAGCCGAUUACAUGGGUCAGAUGGCUAUAGCCAUGGGCAAGCUUGCCACACUCGAAAACUUCCUUCACCAGGCAGAUCUACUGAGGCAGCAAACGCUACAGCAACUGCACCGGAUAUUGACCACACGGCAAGCUGCAAGGGCGCUUCUUGUGAUUAGUGAUUACAUGUCACGUCUACGUGCGCUGAGUUCAUUGUGGUUAGCGCGCCCCAAGGACUGAAGUCGACAAAUUUGAGGAGGGUAAGCUUGAAAUGAAAAAAGAAAAUGUAUACUGGCUUAGUUUAGAAGCUGCUAGUGGAGGGAUAGUGAUAGGGUCUUUGCUGUUGUAAAUUACCACCUCUUUAGUUCUCUCUGGAUUUCUAUUUUAUUUUAUAGGGAUUAUAAAGCCAUGAAAGCUUUAUUGCCAAGGCUUUUUCUA